AAUUGUUUUUUAUGUCAAAAGAUUGUCAAAUUAAAAUCUGACAAAACCCAAGGACGAAGUCGACAAUUGCUUGUCCAUUUCUUACGAUCAUAGCAUAAAGAAAAUGCCUGAAUUGAAUGAGAAACAUAAACAUUGCAAGAUAAUUGAAUCAAGAAUAGGAGAUAUGGACAAUUUUGAAACUUUCAGACCCCAUGCAAUACCUAUAGUGUUAGCUAAUGAUGAUCACACAUUCUGCUUAGAUGAAGAAGCUUUGUCAAAGAUCCUUAUGCAAGAUGGUGUUAAAGAUCGAAAUGUUGUAGUUAUUUCAGUUGCUGGUGCAUUUAGGCAUGGGAAAUCAUUUUUGUUGGACUUUUUCCUCAGAUAUAUGAAUUCCAAGUAUGUCCUAAAAAAAAAUACAUCCGAUUGGAUAGGUCAAGAUGAUGCACCUUUAGAAGGGUUUUCAUGGAGAGGGGGUUCUGAAAGAGAUACUACUGGUAUAUUGAUGUGGUCAGAAAUAUUCUUGACUGAAUUGAUGAAUGGCGAAAAGGUGGCUGUUAUAUUAUUGGAUACUCAAGGCACUUGGGACAGCAAAAGUACUGUUAAGGAAUGUGCGACUAUCUUUGCACUCAGUACAAUGAUUAGCUCUGUACAAAUAUACAAUUUAUCAUCAAAUAUACAAGAAGACGAUUUGCAACAUUUGCAACUUUUCACAGAAUAUGGUCGUUUAGCGUUAGCAGAAACAAAUUUGACCCCAUUUCAGCGACUUCAGUUUCUCGUUAGAGAUUGGAGGUUUCCUUAUGAAGCUCCUUAUGGUGCUGUUGGCGGACAAAAGAUUUUAGAGAAACGUCUUAAAGUAGAUGAAAAUCAGCAUCCAGAACUGGAAUCACUGAGGAGACAUAUACGAUCAUGCUUUUCAGAAAUUGCAUGUUUUCUUAUGCCACAUCCUGGUAUCAAGGUAUCUACAAGUCCAACAUUUGAUGGAAGAUUAAACGAUAUCGAUUCAGAAUUUAAAGACAAUUUGAAAAUACUCGUUCCAAUGAUACUUGCACCAGAAAAUCUAGUGGUGAAACAGAUUAAUGGGCAAAAGGUCAAAGCUAGGGAUUUGGUGCAAUAUUUCAAGUGUUACAUGCAAAUUUAUCAGGGUAAUGAGUUACCAGAACCUAAAUCAAUGCUUGUGGCAACUGCUGAAGCUAAUAAUCUUUCAGCAGUGGCUGAUGCAAAAGAAGUUUAUACAAGUUUGAUGGAAGAUGUGUGUGGUGGAACAAAACCUUACUUAAAUAGUAGUGUCAUGGAAACAGAACAUAAAAGGAUCAAGGAUAAAGCCGUCCUCCAGUUUCAAAGUAAACGCAAGAUGGGCGGUGAAGAAUUUAGUGAGAAGUACAAGGAACAACUAGAAAAGGACUUGGAAGAAUCUUUUAACCAAUUCAAAGCUCACAAUGAGAGUAAAAAUAUUUUCAAGGCUGCAAGAACACCGGCAGUAUUCUUUGCUUUAGCUGUGUUUUGCUACAUAGGAUCUGGUGCUUUUGGACUUUUCGGUGCUUAUACAAUAGCCAAUAUUUUCAAUACUGGUAUGGCUAUUGCUUUCAUUACUCUAGGAUUUUGGGCUUAUAUUAGGUAUAGUGGAGAAUUUAGGGACUACGGACUACAAAUAGAUGAAAUGGCAAAUCUGAUAUGGGAUAAUUUCUUGAAACCCGUGUAUCAAAGCCUCGUCGAGACCAGUAUGCAGCAAAUGGCUGUGCAAGCAGCUGAGUUGGCCGUGAAUAACACAACGGCCGCUGUGAGAAAUCCAUUAUCUGCCAACGGAAAGAAACGUGCGUGAUAUGGACAAUGCGAAGUUCUCAAGUCUGCCAUACAUCCCCUAGUGUUAAAAUGAGGUGACGAUGUUAUAAAUAAAAUCGAAAAAAAUUUAAGUAUGGUUCAGAUUGAAGAAUUGAUUAGCUUUAGUCGGUGCAUUGGUUGUAUUUGAUCAUCCGGAGUGAAAAUUACAUAAUAUCAUAACAAUCAUUGAUUACGAGAAAUCAAGUCAAAUAUUUUCAUGACACACAAGCAAGCAUGGGAAAAUUUUUCUUGGAAAGUUAUAACAAAUUGUGGUCAGUUCGACUCUUUUGUAUCAAUAAAAAUUGACGUGUGGUCUAAAUAGUCUCUAUUAUAGAAAUUUUAACAAUCUGAUGGGUUUUUAAUAUUAAAUCAUCUUCAAUAAUGAAAUUCUUGUCGGAAAAGGUAUAAUUAUAAAAUAAGCUUUUAUGAAAUGUUGAUAUCAUUUUUGAUUGGAUUGUUGAAUAAAAAGAAAAUCAUUUCUCAUAUAGGUUUUUCUUAACUCAAUGAAAACCUUAUACUCGACUUAUAUUGAAAAAAAUUCCCAUGAUUUUGAAAUCAUUAAAAAAUUUCUUCCUUUGUACAUGAAAUAGACUUAAGUCACUGUGAAUGUUGAUACCAAAUAACAUUUUAGUACAGUUAAUUGCCUAAAAUCUUGCCAUUUCAUUAAUUACUAAGCAGGAAAACCAACAAGAUGGAGGUAAGUUGAUUUAGAUGCUUUAUUUAAAUUGAUUUUGUUUUUUCCCUCUAAAUUCUCACUAUCUAGCAAUUAAAAUGUGCUUAACAUGAAGCGUAUGUCCAUUCAAAUACAAAAAUCUUCCUUUGAAUUUACUUCAGCAUCAACAACAUUUUCUGUUUUUAAUAAUAAUGUGUUAUAUAGAAAUUUUUUGAUGGUGCAUGGGAUACUACAGUUUUUAUAUAAUUUUAGUAUUUUUAAUUCAUAAAACAUUUUCAAGCAAAUCUCAAAAAAGUAACUAAAGCAAAUUCAAAUUAUUUGUUGGUAAACUUAUACCUUUUCGCAGGAUUUACUCUUGAAAAAAUUCACCAAUUUUUAAUAACAGUGGUGAUACUUUUCUUCAUUAAUCAGAAAUUGUAGAUAAUGUUCUAUAUUCAGAACAAUGUUUUUCUGAUCCUACAGUUGAAACUUUCAUGUUGAGUGUUAAGAAAUAAUCAUAAUUUAACAAGUCUAUUACUGUACAUCAUUAACAUGCACACUAAAAUAUAUAUUUUUGUCCAUUAAAAAAAUAGGUGGAUUAUUUAGUGAUUUAUACGGUUUGAGCAAAGCAUUUUAUAACAUAUUCCUUAGGUGUGGAAUUGUAAUUAUGUUUUAUUAAGUUGUUGAAUGUCUUGGUGAUUUUGUUUUGUUUAUUGUGCAGUAUUAUGAAAAUUCACAUGUGCUCUGAUCUUAAAAUUCUGUACAAUAUAACUGUCAAAUGAAUGUACUUUAGUAGAAUAUUCUUGAACAGUGUCGAAUUAAAUGUGUAUAUACAUAUUGAAAGAAGUCCAUAAUGGUUUAAGAAAAUUCCAAUAUAUGUAUAUAAAUACGAUAAAAAUAUCAAAAAGAAAUGAAAAAAAUGGAAUUAGUUGAAAAUUUCGCUUAGUGCCAUUUGAAGAAAAAGUUUCAUAUGUUCAUCAAAAUAAUUUUGUAUAAAUAUAUCUUCAAUAUAUUUGUUCAGUGAUUAUGGCUCAACUAUUCGUGAUGGUGAUAGGAAGAACCUUUAUAUGGUGUUUUUUGUACAUAUAUUGUGUUCGUUAUAAUUUUUGUAUACUUUAUAAGAAUGAGAUUACUAAAAAUUUUUUAUAUA